AUGGCUAGGAUUUCGGUCAGCUACAUUCUUCUUUGCGGGCAAGUUCUCUUGCUACUGACAGUGUUGCUUUUGCAAUGUUUGGAAGGAAUACGCUCCCAGAAUUCAUCAGACUCAUCCGGACAGAGAGCAACAACAGCUGCAUUCAGUGAGCAGCCACAGGAGAACGUCACGUCGUAUCAAGCGGUUGAACGCGUGAAUUAUACUGAACAAUAUGAAUACAGGCCCCCGUCGCCAGUUGUCCUCUGCAACUAUCUGUAAGUAUUGUAUGUGUUUAUACACUGAACAAAUAUAAACGCAACAUGUAAAGUGUUGGUCCCAUGUUUCAUGAGCUGAAAUAAAAGAAAACAAAUGUUCCAUAUGCAAAAAGUUUGUUUCUCUUAAAUUUUGUGAACACAUUUUACUUCCGUGAUAGUAAGCAUUUUUCCUUUGCCAAGAUAAUCCAUCCAACCUGACAGGUGUGGCAUAUCAAGAAGCUGAUUGAACAGUAUGAUCAUUACACAGAUGCACGUUGUGUUGGGGACAAUAAAAGGCCACUCUAACAUGUGCCAUUUUGUCACAUAACACAAUGCCAGAGGGAGCGUGCAAUUGGCAUGCUGACUGCAGGAAUGUCCACCAGAGCUGUUGCCAGAUAAUUUAAUGUUCAUUUCUCUACCAUAAGCUGCCUCCAAUGUCGUUUUAGAGAAUUUAGCAGUACAUCCAACCGGCCUCACAACCGCAGGCCACGUGUAACCACGCCAGCCCAGGACCUCCACAUCCGGCUUCUUCACCAACGGGAUUGUCUGAGACCAGCCACCUGGACAGCUGAUGAAACUGUGGGUUUGCACAAUCGAAGAAGUUCUGCACAAACUGUCAGAAAGCGUCUCAGGGAAGCUCAUCUGUGUGCUCGUCGUCCUCACUAGGGUCUUGACUUGACUGCAGUUCGGUGCCAUAACCGACUUCCACUAGAGCUGUUGCCAGAUAAUUUAAUGUACAUUUUUCUACCAUAAGCCGUCUCCAACGUUUUUUUAGAGAAUUUGGCAGUAUGUCCAACCGGCCUCAACCGCAGACCACAUGUAUGUAGUUGUGUUGGGUGAGCAGUUUGCUCAUGUGCCCCAUAGUGGCGGUGGGGGUAUGGGUAGGCAUAAGCUACGAACACAAUUGCAUUUUAAUGCACAGAGAAUGCUUGACAAGAUCCUGAGGCAGAUAGCUUAGUGGUUAAGAGCGUUGUGCCAGUAACCGAAAGGUCGCUGGUUCUAAUCCCCGAGCCGACUAGGUGAAAAAUCUGUCUAUGCCCUUGAGCAAGGCACUUAACCCUAAUUGCUCCUGUAAGUCGCUCUGGAUAAGAGCGUCUGCUAAAUGACUAAAAUGUAAAUGUAAAUUGUCGUGCCAUUCAUCCGCCGCCAUUACCUCAUGUUUAAGCAGGAUAAUGCACGGCCCCAUGUUGCAAGGAUCUGUAUACAAUUCCUUGAAGCUGCAAUUCCUUGUCCCAGUUCUUCAAUGGCCUGCAUACUCCCAGACAUGUCACCCAUUGAGCAUGUUUGGGAUGCACUGGAUCUACGUAUAUAGACAGCGUGUUCCAGUUCCAGCAACUUUGCACAGCCAUUGAAGAGAAGUUGGUCCAACAUUCCACAGGCCACAAUCAACAGCCUGAUCAACUCUAUGCGAAGGAGAUGUUGCGCUGCAUGAGUCAAAUGGUGGUCACACCAGAUACUGACUGGUUUUCUGAUCCACGACCUUACCAUUUUUUAUAAGGUAUCGUUGACCAACAGAUGCAUAUCUGUAUUCCCAGUCAUGUGAAAUCCAUAGAUUAAGGCCUAAGGAAUUUAUUUCAAUUGACAGAUUUCCCAAUAUGAACUGUAGCUCAGUAAAAUCUUUGAAAUUGUUGCGUUUUUUGUUCAGUGCCAGUACCACAACAAAUUGCUUUCAGAGACUGCUCUCUUAAGUUGAUGUCUGUCACCUCUUGCUUUUUUUGAGUGUCUUAGCGCCCUGUUUGCCCAGCCCGUUUUCUAAUGUGCUACACAAAAAUAGACAGAAUACACAUUUAAUUUUUCCCUUUUCUGUCGGCAUGUGAAGACCCGAGGAGUUCAUACACUGUCAAGAUCCAGUGGACCAUGCACAGAACUCCACUGCCAUUCUGGAGAUGGGACAUGGUUGUUGGAAGGUAUGUCAAACCAUAGUGGAUAGGCCUCUCUCUCUCGCUCAAUCUGUGUGUGGCCUUAUAUUCUGCUAGUAUGAUGACUAGUCAGUCAAAAACAGAUGGGCAAACUGGCACGGUUGAACAUUCUGUUUAGAUUCUUGGUAUUCCAUCAAUUUCCAUGUGUAAACUUUGUGUGAUCUCAUCUGUCAUUCAACUAAAUCACAACUUUUGUUUAGUUUGGAGGGCAGGUACACAAAGACGUGAAUCACACACCAGUCAUCUGCACGGCACUGGAUGACAUUGAGUGUGCUGGACCCAGGGAGUUCCUGAGAGGGAAUGAGCCAUGCAUCAAGUAAGGGAGAAUCUAGCUGCUGUACUUGACUCUGCAGUUUCAGACAAGCUCAUCAGUCAUUGUUUGUUGUUACAUGAUGAUAAUAGUCAUUCCCAGUUUACGGUACAGAUAGACACCCUGCCUGACUUCAUCAUUCAACAGAUUUGAAAUACCUGCUUGGAGGUCAAUACUAUAUACCAGGGCUGUUCAAUUCUGGUUCAGGAGGGCCGACACGCUUCUGUUUUUUGUGUCUACCUGGUAGUUAAUUGCACUCACCUGGUGUCCCAGAUAUGAAUUAGUCCCUUAUUAGAAGGAGAGGAUGUGGUCACUGAAUAGUUUGAUGAGCAUGAAAACAUUCUAAACCAGUGGUCACCAACCUUUUCUGAGUCAAGAUCACUUUCUGAGUCAAAAUGCAAGCUGAGCUACUGCUCAGAUAUGUAUCUUUUUAAACAUGGCUUAAACGUAAACCUAUGCAACAUGAACCAAUUAAAAACAGUUCUGUAGCAAUGACGUUUGUGCAGUAGGCUAUAAGCCCAAUAAAUUAUCACUGCAUAUUGGCUAUGCUUGAAUUGCCCUGCCAAUGUUGUUCUUAGACCAUUAAAAAAAAUGUAGGUAUAUGAUCACACUGGUAAUAGAUCAUUUGUUGUAUUACUUGUGAGGCCCAGCUGAGUGAGCAUAAUAUAUACAGUGGGGAGAACAAGUAUUUGAUACACUGCCGAUUUUGCAGUUUUUCCUAUGUACAAAGCAUGUAGAGGUCUGUAGUUUUUAUCAUAGGUACCAUUUCAACUGUGAGAGACGGAAUCUAAAACAAAAAUCCAGAAAAUCACAUUGUAUGAUUUUUAAGUAAUUAAUUUGCAUUUUAUUGCAUGACAUAAGUAUUUGAUACAUCAGAAAAGCAGAACUUAAUAUUUGGUACAGAAACCUUUGUUUGCAAUUACAGAGAUCAUACGUUUCCUGUAGGUCUUGACCAGGUUUGCACACACUGCAGCAGGGAUUUUGGCCCACUCCUCCAUACAGACCUUCUCCAGAUUCUUCAGGUUUCGGGGCUGUCGCUGGGCAAUACGGACUUUCAGCCAACCUCCAAAGAUUUUCUAUUGGGUUUCAGGUCUGGAGACUGGCUAGGCUCUCCAGGACCUUGAGAUGCUUCUUACGGAGCCACUCCUUAGUUGCCCUGGCUGUGUGUUUCGGGUCGUUGUCAUGCUGGAAGACCCAGCCACGACCCAUCUUCAAUGCUCUUACUGAAGGAAAGAGGUUGCGAUACAUGGCCCCAUCCAUCCUCCCCUCAAUACGGUGCAGUCGUCCUGUCCCCUUUGCAGAAAAGCAUCCCCAAAGAAUGAUGUUUCCACCUCCAUGCUUCAUGGUUGGGAUGGUGUUCUUGGGGUUGUACUCAUCCUUCUUCUUCCUCCAAACACGGCGAGUGGAGUUUAGACCAAAAAGCUCUAUUUUUGUCUCAUCAGACCACAUGACCUUCUCCCAUUCCUCCUCUGGAUCAUCCAGAUGGUCAUUGGCAAACUUCAGACGGGCCUGGACAUGCGCUGGCUUGAGCAGGGGGACCUUGCGUGCGCUGCAGGAUUUUAAUCCAUUAUUUAUUUAUUUAUUUAUUUAUUUAUGUCAUUUAGCAGACGCUCUUAUCCAGAGCGACUUACAGGAGCAAUUAGGGUUAAGUGCCUUGCUCAAGGGCACAUCGACAGAUUUUUCACCUAGUCGGCUCGGGGAUUAGAACCAGCGACCUUUCGGUUACUGGCACAACGCUCUUACCCACUAAGCUACCUGCCGCCCCAUGACGGUGUAGUGUGUUACUAAUGGUUUUCUUUGAGACUGUGGUCCCAGCUCUCUUCAGGUCAUUGACCAGGUCCUGCCGUGUAGUUCUGGGCUGAUCCCUCACCUUCCUCAUGAUCAUUGAUGCCCCACGAGGUGAGAUCUUGCAUGGAGCCCCAGACCGAGGGUGAUUGACCGUCAUCUUGAACUUCUUCCAUUUUCUAAUAAUUGCGCCAACAGUUGUUGCCUUCUCACCAAGCUGCUUGCCUAUUGUCCUGUAGCCCAUCCCAGCCUUGUGCAGGUCUACAAUUUUAUCCCUGAUGUCCUUACAAAGCUCUCUGGUCUUGGCCAUUGUGGAGAGGUUGGAGUCUGUUUGAUUGAGUGUGUGGACAGGUGUCUUUUAUACAGGUAACGAGUUCAAACAGGUGCAGUUAAUACAGGACAUGAGUGGAGAACAGGAAGGCUUCUUAAAGAAAAACUAACAGGUCUGUGAGAGCCGGAAUUCUUACUGGUUGGUAGGUGAUCAAAUACUUAUGUCAUGCAAUAAAAUGCAAAUUAAUAACUUAAAAAAUCAUACAAUGUGAUUUUCUGGAUUUUUGUUUUAGAUUCCGUCUCUCACAGUUGAAGUGUACCUAUGAUAAAAAUUACAGACCUCUACAUGCUUUGUAAGUAGGAAACCUGCAAAAUCGGCAGUGUAUCAAAUACUUGUUCUCCCCACUGUAUAUAUAUUGUUUUACUGGCCUAAACAUUUUUUUCAAACUUAUGGCCAAUUCACGAUAUAUCUGUUUUUUUUCUCUCUAAAUAAGCGUUGUACAAUUUAAAGGUCAAAUGCACUGCAUUUCAAACAGUCAGCAAUAAUCGAAUGGAUUCAGGGCUUGUGAAGUUAUACCUAGGCUAAAUAUAAGCUAUCCACAACCAUAAGACCCACUAAUAAUUUAAUUAUUUUAUCAAAAUAGUUUAACCUGCUUUUCUGUUGUUGUUGCAAUAAUCACUGAUCUGGCUUUCAAGUCUGUAUGAAAAUGUAACUAGAACCAUGCGUAAUGCACAUUCACUAAUGAUGACUUAACUUCUUGUAGCAGGCAUUAGGCUAUAGAAAGUGAACACCGGUCUCAUCAAUAAUCUCUCAAGCCCACGUGCUAGUGAUUAGCCAGCUAAUCUUUAUAUUUAAAGUUUAGCCAACUUGGAUCUAUUUAAGUGAUAACAUUUUACAUUACAUUUUAGUCAUUUAGCAGACACUCUUAUCCAGAGCGACUUACAGUUAGUGAGUGCAUUCAUUUUCAUACAACCCUGGCGUUGCAAGCGCAAUGCUCUACCAACUGAGCUAGCUGAGAAGCUGGUGUUUGGAGGAGAUAUUGGCACGGGUGUUAUUAGCAAACUGUGCCAAUAUAGCCAGCAAACUGUGCCAAUAUAUCCUCCAAACACCGGCUUUGAGGGCAUUAUCACUUUUAUACAACGGGCUACCAACAUAUUCAAAUAAUGAUUGACCUAUUUUCAUUAAUGUUAUUUUUAUGAAUUUAUUCAUACUGUUUCAUCCUUCCACAAGAUAUGAUCCCGACAAAUCUAGGGUUGCUACCCAAGCCGGUUGAUUGUUCGUUCUAUCGGUUCGGUUGCCAGAGACGCGACCCAGUCGUUCAGUCUUUUUGUUCUGUAUCUAUGGACGCAACCCAGUCGUUCGUUCUAAAUUUCCCAUUGCCAUACAGGCUGGCAACGUUCUUAUCCCUUGCUUACUAGCUAGCCGACUACGGCUAAUUUACAGUCACGUCCAACAGUGCAGCCGGAAUAACAACAUUAGCUGCAUUUGCAUAUGAUUAAGCUGUUUUCUAGUGACAUUUAUUUGGAUACAUCCAUAACAAUGAGCUAAUGAGGCGCAAUUUCGCCUGGCAUAGAAAAUGUGCUCUCUCGUCAGGACACUGUUGUUCAGAGGAGCUAGCCAACAACACAGCUAACACAAUCACUUCAAACUUGCUGCACUUCGUUUUGUUUGACCUUUUUUUAAUUGACAUUUCUUUGUAUAUAUCCAUAAAAAUUAUGCCAGGUGAUUCAUGAUUUCGACAGGCUGAGAAACGCUUCCUGUCUGUCUUGUCCCGACUCCCGACACGUUCAUUACUAUUGGACAGCUGUAGAUCGAAUUUGAAUAUUGAAACAAUGUAGCAAAUGUCGGAGAGACAGACUGCAAGGUUUAUACAAAUCUCCGCUAUUGAAAACUAAAUGUUAGUCUAAAAGAAAUGUGAGAUAAUGUCUAGAUGCUUUUUAUAGUGGAGAUCAAGUUUAUAAAUUGCCUGGCUGGGCUGAUGACAGUGGAUUGCGUAGUCCGAUGGAACAGAGUAAAUAGGCAUUUUUACGUCAUAGAUUUAGCCAGUGGUAACUUGUGGAAUAGACACCGGCUUUAAUGCGGUUUUAACCAAUCCACAUUCAGGAUUAGAACCACCUGUUGUAUAAUUGCUAGUUAACAAGGUUGAACACACCCUUCUGUCUGUCUCCAACUGUUUGAAAAGCAUGUUAGUUCAGAUGAUGAAAUCAAGUCGCCUACCUUAUUUCUCAGAAUGAGAACUAGUUGCCAAUUCCUUAUAUAAUUGUGUUUUAUGCUUAUUGCCUAAUUUAUAAAACAGACUAGACAGCUAGUAUAACAGUCUUUGGCUAAAAUGCUGCUAGCGGUAUGUGGUACCCCAAUGCCGCGCCUGACUAACUGAGCAUUCAUUUUCCAGAAUCAAUGUUAAUUGAUACUCUCGUUUUAGUAGUGUCUGCUCUGCACGCAAUUUGAGUAGUUGAGACAUAAAAAGGGUAUUGUUAGAAAAGUUAAUGUGCCCAAUAGGAGACCUUUACAUCACUUUUAAUGGGCUCACCUGGCCAUUCCUUCCUGUUAUUGACACCUCUUCUCUGCCUUGUGAUUUCAGAUACACUGGCCACUAUUUCAUCACCACUCUGCUGUACUCCUUCUUCCUGGGGUGCUUUGGAGUGGACCGGUUCUGCCUGGGGCACACAGGCACAGCCGUGGGCAAGCUGCUGACCCUAGGAGGCCUGGGCAUCUGGUGGUUCGUGGACCUCAUCCUCAUCAUCACCGGAGGCCUGAUGCCUAGUGACAACAGCAACUGGUGCACCUUUUACUGAGACCAGCGAGCAUGGAUUGAAUACCUUUUUAAGG